AUGAAAGGAUCGAACAUCAGUCAAAUAGGGGUCGUGGAAGCAGUUCAAGACUACGUUCGAACGAGUGCUUAUAAAAAUUUUCUGCCUGCUCCAGUCGAACCGACAACAUUUAAAUAUCCGACAGCGAUUUGGUCGUCUCAUAAUUACGAAAAACUUAAAAAUCGUCAAAAAAUUCAUUUGGAACCGACUCCGAAUAGAGCGUGGCCGUAUCAAGGUAUAGGAUAUUUUAGAAUAAGUAAUAAUAAUGUGACCCGUGAAAAAGGUCAAAGGAAAAAUAGGGGAAGAACAAAAUGGCGAGAUCUCACGCAAAACGAACAACACCCGGAUAAUUUAUUUCAAACGGUUAAAACAAAAAAUAAUCAGAAAUCGGAUUUCGUCGAUAGAUUUUUACAACAGUCUCUCACCAAAUACAUAGCAUCGUCAAAUUUAAAAGAAACCGUCGGAAACGUAUCCGUCAAAACGUUUUCGGAAAUAUUGAAGAACAUAACGGAUGAAAAACCUAGAAAAUUAUUGUCGCCAUACGACGAAAACAAAGAGCUCAGAAUGAAAUUUAGAAAUGAAGUCGUUUUGAGGCAAAAAAACGAAACGAAACCGCAGGAAAAAUUUUUGGAAAAGCAAUUGCAAAAAAGAUUGGAAAAAGUUCAAGACAUGUUUCACGAAAAGGAUAGAGAUAAAAUAAUAGCAAACAUGUGGAAAUAUUCGACGUUGAACCGAACAGUUGAUUUAUCAGAAGAAAAAAAAAAUAAAAACAACGAAGAUUUUUUAAAAAAUUAUUCCAUUUCGUCUGAAAUCCCCGAGUACAACAGCGACGAACAUAAUAAAUACACGACGAAAAUAAACGCCGGUAAAAAAUCUAAAAAUUCAAAAUCUCCAUUUCGGGGAACCGUCAAAUUCAACAGUGCCAAAUAUUUUGCGGAUAACGAUGAUGAUGAAAAUUGGAAUAAAAGAAAAACGACCGGAAAAAUCGGUAAUAAUAAAAACUUAUUAAAACUUACCGCGGAAGAAAGUUCUUAUUAUAGAAAAGAACAAUUUCCCAGUUUGACGUUCAUCGGACGUUCGGAGCGAUCGGGAGUGAUUCCAGGAACUCCAGCAGUCGAUUAUCCAGUGUAUAGUUUUCCACCGCCGACAAAAUUUAAAUGUCCUAAUUUUAUAGAUAGUAAACCCAGAAUGAUGGCCGAUAAAGAAACAAGAUGUCAGGUAUUUUACAUGUGUACCGGAAGUGGUCCGACGACGGCAAUGCUUUGUCCCAACGGUACAAUGUUUAAUGAAAAUUUUCUUGUUUGCGAUUGGUGGUAUAAUGUUGACUGUUGA